AUGGAAACUUUGAAGGAUAUAGGGGCUGGAACUUUGAAUUCCGUAGCUGAUGCCCUUAGUCGUCGCCAUGUGCUACUUGCAACACUGCAAAACAAUGUUGUUGGAUUUGACCUUGUUAAAGAGUUGUAUCAGGAUGAUCCUGAUUUCCAAGGAGUGUGGGAAGCAACUAUAAACCAACCUUUCCACCAGUUCUAUAGACACGAUGGGUUUUUAUUUCGAGGUAAAACCCUUUAUAUUCCACAGGGUUCCUUGAGAGAAGCCAUAAUUUGGGAAGCAUAUGAUGGUGGAUUAGCUGGAUAUUUUAGACGAGAUAAGACAAUUAACCUAGUGAAGGAGAACUUUUACUGGCCUCAACUUGAACAGGAUGUCAACAGGCAUAUGCAGAGAUGCAGAAUUUGUCACUUGGCUAAAUCCAAGGGUCAAAAUACUGGACUAUACAUGCCUCUGCCAAUUCCAAAAGCACCUUAG